CGGAUUAGAAAAGUUACUUGCUUUUCUACACUUGCGAAGUGUUGUAGAGAAAGAGGACGUGCAAUCUGUGUGCGAGUUGCCACGUGUGAUUGCAAAUGGUAAUGAGUACGUGAUGCUGUCGCAGUGGACAAAUUUGUGUCCAUUACCCAGUCGUGCCCACAUGUCUUUUAGUUAUUUGGCUAGUAUUGUUGAGAUAUUAGAAGGAGCCGAAGAGUUGUUGGAAUACAAUGCGAUUGAAUCUUCAGAGUCACAGUCUAUAGUGGACAAGGCUAUUGUGAAGUCCUUGGAGACUCUUGCAAACACUGGAUCGAAUGAAGUACCACAAAUUGUAAGAGAGUGUUGGGAUGUUAUGGCUGCAGAAUGCAGCGCAAGGGAUGAAACAUUGAAGUUGACAUCCAACGAAGGAGCAGACAACACGGUCGUGGUAAACAGCGGAAGGACAACCCCUCUAACAUGUAUGGAUUUUGCUUUGGAUUACAAAUAUCAAGGUCGAAAGGCAAUGGGAUUUGGUGAAAGUGAGGAUGAGGGAGAGAGUUGUGAUGAUGAAAUGGACGACGAUGACGAUAACGACAGCCUGCAAAAAUUUUGGGACAAUCACGCGGACGGUUUGUGUGAUCCGCAAAAAGGAUGGUGUCUCGCUGUUCUCCGUCUCGCGUUGACAUUUGAAGAAUGUCCUUCAGCAAUUUUGAUUUGCUGUACGGAUAUUACAACAGACGGACACUUACAGAAUGUUGUCCCGUGCUACGAGUAUGGCCGCAUAUUCAGUCGUACAAGCUUCAUGGAGUCGCACAGAUCGAGGGGGUGCUUAGCUGAGAUACAACGUACUGGAACUACUGGUGAUGCUAACAACAUGAGUUCAGAGAACGAACAAAAUGAUAAUGCCGUGAAUAUGGACAUGCACGAGAAUGUCGAACCAAUCAUUGAUGAUAUUGCAGAAGAUGCAAACAACACAGAUGAAAAUGAAUAUCCAUCGGAUUAUCGUCUCGCUACAGUGAUAUGUUCUGCGAGAGGAGGGUUGGGAUUGUCAGAUGCAGAUGUGAAUGUCGUGCUCUCCGUUAUAUGUCACCCUUCUUUCGAUGCUAGCCGACUACCAUAUAGAAAUUCUCGCACGUUAAAAGACCUCACUAGCAGAGAGAAGUUCAUGCACACAGUCAGAAAAGAUGCAACACAGAAUGAUGAAGCAGUGGUCACGCCGAGGUUAGAGUCAUCUGCAAUUGACAAGAUCAGAGAAGACUGCCAAGUGAGAGUCAGCACAACAAGUCAGCAUAUGAUAACAAAAGAGCGAAAUAAGGCAAAGACGAACCUCGAUGGAGUGGAAACAAAUGAACAGCUGACGUUGAUGAUGGAAUGUGAACUGCGUACGAGAAUUGAAGUCGACCAUGGUGAGACAGAUUGUGCAAGACUUGCUCUACAACCGGCUUCGAAUCUUCUGGGAGGCUCGGCUGACAUUGCUGUAGAUGACAAGUCAACAAUUGAGAAGAUGGAGAUAUUGCCAGAACACGAAGGAAAGACAUCAGGGGGAAGUAACCUAGAGAGGCCGCAAGAGUGUGAAGGUCAUAUGAUAACAGAAGAGCGAAAUGACGCAAAGACGAACCUCAGUGGAGUGGAAACAAAUGAACAGCCGACGUUGAUGGUGAAAUGUGAACUGCGUACGAGAAUUGAAGUCGACCAUGAAGAGACAGAUUGUGCAAGACUUGCUCUACAACCGGCUUCGAUUCCGGGAGGCUUGGCUGUCAUUGUUGUGGAGGACAAGAGAACAGUUGAGAAGAUGGAGAUAUUGCCAGAACACGAAAGAAAGACAUCAGGGGGAAAUAACCCAGAGAGGCCGCAAGAGUUUGAAGGUCAUAUGAUAACAGAAGAGCGAAAUGAGGCAAAGACGAACCUCGAUGGAGUGAAAACAAAUGAACAGCCGACGUUGAUGGUGGAAUGUGAACUGCGUACGAGAAUUGAAGUCGACCAUGGUGAGACAGAUUGUGCAAAUCUUGCUCUACAACCGGCUUCGAAUCUUCUGGGAGGCUUGGAUGACAUUGCUAUGGAGGACAAGACAACAGUUGAGAAGAUGGAGAUAUUGCCAGAACACGAAGGAAAGACAUCAGGGGGAAGUAACCCCAGAGAAGCCGCAAGAGAAGGAUGAAGGAACCGGAGCCGUAUUGUAUUUCGAUGCAGACACAGAGGAGGGCGAGAAAACACAAUCUAUGGACCAGAAGUUGGUGGCAGCAACUGUUGAUACAGUUCACAAAUUUUUUCCAUUCACAUGGAACCCCCUCAACAAUGAAUCAUUCACAUUAAG